GAAAGAGCUAUUGGAGGGGCACUGUCUUCUUACCGGAUGUACCGAUCCCUCAUGUCUGGACUAUCCGUUUUACAUUAUUCAUACGGGGGAGGGAGUGACUGCUUGGCCUUAUCCCCUCCUGUAUAAAAUGAGAAGUUGGCGUUAAAGAAAAUACAGAUGGAGAAGGCCAGCAGGCUCGUAGUGUCACAAGAUAGAGCCCCCUUGAGAACUUCUCCUGUGUCCAGUGGUGACGAUCGCCAUCGGCACCAUGCCCGUACUUUGCCUGCUUUGUCUCACGGCCACUUUGGCUGCGUUCGCGCGGUCAGUCAUCGCCGCGGGACCGGUCGUCCGUUGCGACCCGUGCGACGCUGUGGCGCUCCUACAGUGCAAGCCUCUUCCCAAGGACUGCGCAGAGCGGCUGAGAGAGCCGGGCUGCGGCUGCUGCGUGACGUGCGCCCUCGGCCAAGGACAUGCGUGCGGCGUGUACACGGCGCGCUGCGGCUCCGGUUUGACCUGCCAGCACCAGUUGGGCGAGAGCAGACCCCUGCAAGCGUUGUUGGAGGGACGGGGAGUGUGCGCUAAAAAACUCAACAGAAUCCCAGUGACGCCGCAAAAGCAAGACCAUGGCCAAAAUCAGGUUGAGGAAAGUCUUACCAACAAGACGUCUACGCUGAGUGUGGUGCCUGUUUUUUCAUCUGUCAAAGAGAAGCACAGUGGAAGUCUGAUGGAUACCAGGCCUCCAUUACACAACAAGCUGAUAAAGAAAGAUCAGAACCGAAAGACUCACAGCUACAAGGUGGAAUCAGUGUCAGAGGGAGGAGCCAUUAUGGAUAUGCAGAACUUCUCCCUGGAGAACAAAAGGGAGACUGAGUAUGGCCCAUGUCGGAGGGAGAUGGAAAGCAUCUUAAAUGGCCUCAAAAUCAGCAAUGUGCUCAAUCCAAGAGGGUUCCGCAUACCCAACUGUGAUAGAAGAGGCUUCUAUAAGAAAAGACAGUGCCGUCCAUCCAAAGGCAGAAGGCGGGGUUACUGCUGGUGCGUCGACAAAUACGGACAGCGCCUCCCUGGCUUUGACAGCAGAGACGAGAAACAGUGUCACAGUCGUGACGGCCAAUGAAGAGACUGAAAUGACCGGAAGGGAAGGUGAAAGAAAGAAAGAAAGAAAGAAAGAAAGAAAGAAAGAAAGAAAGAAAGAAAGAAAGAAAGAAAGAAAGAAAGAAAGAAAGAAAGAAAGAAAGAAAGAAAGAAAGAAAGAAAGAAAGAAAGAAAGAAAGAAAGAAAGAAAGAAAGAAAGAAAGAAAGAAAGAAAGAAAGGGGAAGGGGUUCCGCAUUUGGCUAAGCCGCUUGCACAUCACAACUACCUGUCCUGUGCUAUGAGUUCCUCUGUUUUUUUCUCCCAAAAAUGAUCACGCUAAAAGCUAAGUAAAACUUGGAAGAGUGAGAAAUAUAUCAUCUGCACUAUUUUGCUAGGUUGAGAGAAAAAUGAGGGAAUUUUCCACUCACUUUUGAAGAGCUUCUUUCUGACUGUGACCCCCAAAAUGCAGCACCUCCGUAUCAAUGUGUGUCUGUUUGUGAAAUGUGCCACCAUGAGUGUGUCAGUGCUUGUAUUGAAGUGUGAGCGCUUGCAUUUCAUGUACAGUGUGUGCACAGCUGCAUGUUUGUGCAAGAGGUGUAGGAGUUUGUUUUCCUAAAAGGUGUUUGUGUAAAUACUAUACAGUACAUCACUAAGCUAAAGUCCCCUAAGUCCAGGCUCUAUACCAUUCAACAAUAAAAUAAAACUGUCUCAGGACCCUUUUAGAAAAGAGGGAUAAUGGCACGGCAGGGCUUUUUCUUAAUUUUUUAGCAUCCCAGCCAAUUAUGAACCUUCAUCACUGUGUCUAGCUUGUCCCUUGUCAUCUUAAGCAGGGAAGGAACAGAUAAAAAACGUGCAGUUACAGUGCCUUAAGGUGGAAGUUCAGAAUUUUUGACAUUAGGCUUAAUCUUCAAGUUAGCGGGGAUUAAUUAGUCGAUGGAAUUGAUUUCAACAAAUUCCGUGCAGUCUGUAAGUUAUUUGUAAGUUUCAGGGCUCUGGUGUGGCUAAGGUAGUGCAAGUCAAUUACCCUGACGUAGCAUGCCAAUAAAAAAACGAUACGAUCUACUAACAGAUCUAACAUAGUCAAAUAAAUUCAAAAUGCAGAUCGUUGUUCCAAAACACUCAUGUGGCCAAAACAAUGUCACACCAAACUGCUGUAAUUCAUUUCAUUCUGCAGGACAAUUUUUUAGAUGCAUAAUAACGACCACAAUAGAGAGGAUUGCUUCGGCCACUCGUGCUCACGCUGCAUUCGAGGAAGAUGGAAAGUUGGACCUAUCCUGCUUGGAUGGUACCAGUUGCGACCUCAAAGCGUUCCAAGCGAAUGUAAACAGUAAAGAUGGCUGAGUUUUGUUUUGUUUUUGGUCAUCAAAAGACAUUUUGAACUCCAGCAAACCCGCCUAAACGAUCAAAAUAGUGGUGGCGUUUCAAUGAUAUUUUUCCAGCUCGGCGGUUGGAAACUCUGACUUCCCACCUUCCUCGAAUGCAGCAUCAGUCUGCUGAGUUAACUGACAGCAUGGCGAAAUGUGCAUUUAGAGGCUCUGGAAACAGACAGAAGAAAUGGGCAAAGCAAAGUUUCCACAAAUUCCCUAUGAAGAAUAAGAAACAAUAUAAACGGGUUACUUGCUGCUAGCUAUGACAUAAAAAACAGCGGUGAAAAAAAACAAUUUGCUAUCACUCUGCUCUGCUCGUCCAUAAAGCUGCUGGAUUACAAAUGUUGCUGUUCAUACUGCAAUUAUUGACAUGCAAUGGAAAUUUUUAAUAACUUUGUCCUGAAAACAUAGCCAAAAGUAUUGAUUGCGUUGGUCAUCCAAGAUUUUCAUGUGUGCAUAUGUUGUUUUUUAUUGGCAUGCUUAGUUAGCCCAAUUGACUCGUGCUAGCUUAGCCACUCCCGAGCCCUGAAACUAACAAAUAACCAACAAACUACACGGAAUUCCACAACUAAUUAAUACCUCGCUAACUGGAAGAUUAAGCCUGAUGUCAAAAAUUCUGAACUUCCCCUUUCAAUAUGAACUCUACAUGCCUUCCCUCCAUCGGAAAUUUAUACAACUCUCAGCGUUUUACUCUAUUGGAUGUUUCAACAUGCACUUUCAAAACAAGCAGCCAAUGUAAUUGACAGCAAUCAUUACAUCCAAAAUCAUUAACAAAUAUUUACAGUGUUUAUAUAUUUUUAAUAAAUGACAACUACUGGUUGUAUAUACAUAUAUACACAGUGGACCCCUAUUAUACGAGUACCUCACCUUAGGGGUUUUUUCACGAUACGAGCAUUCUUUCAGGAGAAAAUGAGUCUCAUAAUGCGAGCAAAUUUUCACCAUGCGGUCCAUUUGCAGUAAAUGGGAGAUUGCGAGUCACGUCAUCACUCGAAAUUAAUAUGUUCAUUAAUUAAUAAAGCUAUGUUUGUUGGAACACUCCUCUGUUAUUGAGAGAGUUGGUACGCUUCGUCAGCCGUGACAGAGGUGCUGCGAUUGACGUCAUCACUCGAAAUUAAUAUCUAUAAUAGCAAUAACAGAAACGAAAAUUUUCACAGCACAAACAUAGCUUAAAUGAUUGACACCAUUUUUAGCCAUUUUUAAUCAAAAUGGGGAGCUGGUUGACCUCAGAUUGACCUAUAAAAUAAUUGUUAAUAUCUCAAAAUUGAUAGCAGCACAAACAAUUUUUCUUUUCAGCACAAACGAGCACAAAUCUAGCACAAACGAAUGACAUAAUUUGUCUGUGAAUUUGCAUCUGAUGGGGGCCAACUUCACAGAGGUCAAUGACAGUGGUAAGAAAAAGAAAAGAAUGCUCGGAAUUGAAAUACAGCCCACACAAAAAAAAAAAGGAAACAUGAAGAGAAUGUGCAUGUCAGUGAUAUUUGUAAAAAGAUUAAGUAUUCAAAUUCUACAAUCUGGUAAGUGCUUGUAUAUAAAUAACAUUGUUUUUAUACUUUUAAUUUCUUCUGUGGAUUACUUAGCCUUAAAAUUGAUGCAAUGAAUUAGUAUUUAGAGGGAAUAUGGAGGGUCAUGGGAAGUGUCGAACGCAUUAGUUGGAAUUCAAUGAUGUCUAAUGGAAAAAACACAUUCAUGAUACAAGCGCAUUCAUGUUUAGAGCUUAGUCGUUGAACAAAUUUGUGCUCGUAUCAUGAGAGUCCACUGUGUAUAUAAGGGUGUAACGGGUGCGCACAGGUUAGUUGUGUGCGUGCCAUAGAAACCUCUCUCCAGAUGCCUUCAAGAGUGUGCGUUCGCAACUAAAACUGCUAGCCUGGGCUUUUGGCUUAGCGGCUAAGCGAGCUCUCCUACCAUGCUGGACGCGACCUGGACCAGGGUCCGGGCGCGGCUCCAUGCAAACCACACACAUGUAUAUGUGUUUCCUAUUUUACCCACAACAUUAAUUCUGUUAUCAAGCAUUAUUAUGCACGAACUAUUCAAAAUGUAUAUGUCACGAUGUAGUAAAGGGAUCAGUUUGACCUCUUCUUGUCAUUUGCCCUCACCUGUUCCUGUCUGUCCAUGAUCCUUCCCACCUGUCUAUCCAAGCUGACAAGCCUUUUUGUCCUCAUCCCACUUACUUUUACAAUUUUUUCUCUCGUAUCUAAACCCUUACGGUCCACAUGGGCCUUGUAUCUGUGCCUAAUGCUGUUCCUAUCAUUUUAUCAUACAAAUACGGGGCUUUCUUCUCUUUCUGUCAGUGAAAUAAUGUACAGUAACUUGGUGGAGGCUUGUUUAACAGCAUGGGCCUGGUUCGACUGGGUUUCCCCGCCACAUGUGCCAGAUGCCCAUAGCUACAAGCACAAGCACUUAAAGCACUUUAGCUGCACCUUGCAAAACAAGAUUGGGCCUAUUUGCAUCUGCGUACUUUUAAUUACACCUAAUGUAAAAAAAAAAAUCGGUAUCAUAUACUUUACUGUAAGAAGUAACCCUUGCAAAGGUCCCUUCAAAUAUUCCAUUCAAUGCAACUAUUUUCAUUUUGAUUGUUGUUUUUUUUUCUUUGAUCAAAGCUUGUAUGAUCAUAUGCCAACAACUCUGUACAAAGUGGACACAGCACCAAAUGUUCUUGCAUUGACACAAGCGGUAGGGGGUCUGGGGGAGUAGGCCCGGUCGUCUCGAUAGAGCUUCCGCCCGAAUGCUCCCCCACAUCCUGUGUAAAGACUUGAAAAGUGAAUAGGGUGCCAAUGAAAAAUGUUACCUAGUAGCUCGGUAGCAUGUUUUCGGCUGUAGUCUGUAAACAGCGGCAACUUCCACCCAGCCUGUUGGUGCUAUGUUCCAUCUACGUAUACAAAGACUUGAUGUCAGGGGAGGAAAAUGAAUAAAAAUGUUGAAGAUAUUUCCUCCCUAUUAUUUGUAAGUAUGUCUUUUUUUAUUCAUAUUAUUUCCUGGUCACACCAUGUACAGUGCUUAAAAAUAUGAAUUAUUUUUCUAAAAGAUGUAUAAGCUGAUCCAAACUAGGUUCCUCAUGAAUAUGUCAGCGGCUCAAAAAUUGCACAGCAAACUCUAAUGAGUCAUUGUAUUUGGGGGAAUAUAAUCACUACUUAAUGUUGUAUUUGUAAUAAACAAUUUCUCCUGUUGCUCA